AUGCUAUCCCUGAAAAGCAAGUUGAUAGAGUUGUUGCGAACGUUGCGAGAGGUGCGAAACGAAAAUGUGAAUACAUUUUUUGGCUGCUAUCUGGACUCUGACACCUUCAAUCUUGUCUACAAAUAUUGCAGCCAUGGGAGCCUCCGGGAUAUUCUGGAAACGAAAAGGGUUGUUUUGGAUGUCGAUUUCAAGCUUUCACUUAUUAAGGAUCUGGUAAAGGGCAUGAGCUUCAUUCACAAGUCUGCCAUUAAAACGCACGGACGAUUGAAAUCUACAAAUUGUGUUGUCACUGGACGCUGGGUUCUUAAAAUUACCGACUACGGCAUUGGAAAUGUGAACGCUCUCUAUGGAAUAUACCACAAAGCAUACCCAGAAGAGCUGCUAUGGACUGCCCCCGAACUUCUGCGUGAGCCCGUCAAAAGGAUUACUGGGACACAAAAGGGGGACGUCUACUCCUUCGGCAUAAUUCUUCAGGAGAUCCUUUGCUGUUCUGAACCCUACCCCAACUGUGAUCUGUCGGCAGAGGAAAUUGUAGAAAAAGUGCAGGCUAGCGAUCCGCCCUUCAGGCCAGAGGUACACCUCCCAGAAAUCCCCUAUUUCUUCAAGGAUCUGAUGCGCUCGGCUUGGGCAGAAAAUCCAGACCUUCGUCCAACGUUCCAUGAGAUUACCGUCCAGCUAGAUCAGUACAGUAGUGGAAAGAAAACCAACCUUAUUGACCAUAUGCUGACUCUGAUGGAAAAGUAUUCGGAAGACUUGGAGUCCCAAGUGAGAGAGCGAACGCUGGAGCUUGAAUCGGAAAAAGCCAAAACAGAAGAACUAAUCGCAAAAAUGCUGCCACUCUCUGUUGCCCAAGCGCUGAUAGCUGGCAACUGUGUGCCCCCAGAAGCCUUCGACGAGGUGACUAUCUACUUCAGUGACAUCGUUGGCUUCUCAGCAAUUUCAGCCUGGUCUACACCUCUACAAAUCGUGGACUUACUCAAUAGGCUUUAUUCCACCUUCGACAAAACAAUUGGGAAAUUCGAAGUUUACAAGGUUGAGACCAUAGGCGAUGCCUACAUGGUGGCCUCGGGGUUGCCAAUCCGAAACGGUAGACAACACGCUGGUGAAAUUGCAACAAUGGCUCUGGAGCUGCUCAAUGUAGUUGGAACAUUUGUCAUUCCACAUAUGCCACGGAUUCCCAUUUUACUUCGCAUCGGGAUGCAUUCUGGAGCCUGUGUUGCUGGCGUAAUCGGCCUUACCAUGCCAAGGUACUGUCUUUUUGGUGAUACAGCAAUACUGGAGGAGCUCACGGGAUACAAACUAGAAUAUCGCGGAAAGGUGACUCUGAAAGGCCGCGGUGACGUGGACACGCACUGGCUAGUAGGCAAACAGGGCUUCAAGAAACCCAUAAAACAGCCUCUUCAAACUGAUGGGUAG